CUUUUGUUUUCCUGGCUAGCUUCGCCGAAAUCCAGUUUUCCUUUCACGUCGAAAUUCAGAAAUCACCAGGAAAAAUGCCGCUUCCUAUGUAUAUGCAGGGCCCUGCAGAGCCAAUGCAGGUUGAUAUGCAAGGAGAGGGCUCUGACUCACAGGAAGAAUUGAGGUACAGCGUGGAAAAUCCAACACUGGAUGUGGAAGCUUAUGCAGUAAGUUACAUGGGAUUGGCAAAAAUCAACAGACUCCUCUUUGUCGCCCUCCACUGUCCAGCCUUCAAGAUUGAGUCUCUUCGGAUGGCACUGAACUACACACAGACAACCUACAAUACACACAUGUACCAGCUUGUACACAGGAAACUCACUGAUGCUGUAUCCAAUGCAUCGGUCUUACCCGAUGCCGUAGCCGGUGUAGUGCACAACAUACCUUCUCUGGACACUCAAUGGAUUGAAACAACCAAUAAGAAAGCAGCUCUCAAGCUGGAGAAGCUGGACACGGAUCUCAAGAACUACAAGAGUAACUCUAUCAAAGAGAGCAUCAGGAGGGGUCAUGAUGACCUAGGUGAUCACUACCUAGACCAAGGAGACCUCAGCAAUGCACUCAAGUGUUACUCCAGGGCCAGGGACUAUUGUACCAGUCCCAAACAUAUCAUCAACAUGUGUCUCAAUGUUAUUAAAGUAAGCAUUCAUCUCCAGAAUUGGUCUCACGUGCUAAGCUAUGUCAACAAAGCAGAGGCAACGCCUGAACUGUCAGAGAAAGAUACUAAAGACAAUUUAAUGGUAGCCACCAAGCUGAAGUGUGCUGCUGGAUUAGCUGAGCUAGCUACCAAGAAAUACAAGCCAGCGGCAAAGUACUUCCUGCAAGCUUCCUUUGAUCAUUGUGACUUUCCUGAUCUGAUGUCACCAAAUAAUGUAGCUAUGUAUGGUGGGUUCUGUGCUUUAGCUUCAUUUGAUCGACAAGAACUACAGAAAAAUGUGAUCUCCAGCAGCUCCUUCAAAUUGUUCCUGGAGCUGGAGCCACAGCUGAGAGAUAUUAUCUUCAUGUUCUAUGAGUCAAAGUAUGCCUCCUGUCUCAAGCUCCUAGAGGAGAUUAAAGAUAAUCUGCUCCUUGACAUGUAUCUGGCUCCACAUGUCACGGUCCUCUACUCACAGAUCAGAAACAGAGCUCUCAUACAGUACUUCAGCCCGUAUGUAUCAGCUGACAUGCAGAAGAUGGCCAGUGCAUUCAAUACUUCUGAAGCAGACUUAGAGGAUGAACUCAUGACGCUCAUCUUGGAUGGCCAGAUCAACGCUAGAAUUGACUCACAUAACAAGAUACUGUAUGCCCGAGAGAUUGAUCUGAGAAGCUCGACGUUUCAGAAGUCUCUUCUAAUGGGAAAGGCUUUCCAAAGAAGAACAAAGGCUUUAAUCUUGAGAUCAGCCAUGCUUAGGAAUAACAUUCAAGUUAAGUUCUCUAAUGUGAGUGUGAACGGAGCUACAGGACAAUUCUAGUGCAUCAGAGGGAGUAGCGGUAGGAAGUGGAAUCACCCAGUCAACACGAUGAUGGUAACCGCUCUACAUGUAACAGUCAUUCGAUGCUAUCUUCUAUCCACAUGUACAAUAUUAUCUUAUUAGCAGUGAAAAAAUGUUUCUCAUGUUAUGACAUUAUAACUCUUCUACUUUACUUCUCACAUGUAAAAUGCAUUAUUUGUCAUAUUUGAAACGAUGCACACGACUUUUUCCCCGUAAAUAGGGAUCAAUUUAUUUUAUGUUAACCUUAUAACAGGUCUAAAUGUCAACUGGCGGAUGCAUUGCACAUUAAAACAUGAUUAUUGUGUUCAUAUAAUGAUGCUUUAAUACAAUAGCAGAACUUCAAGGAUGAGAUACAUGAAGUACAUGUAAUGUAAACAUUGUGGUAUUUACAUGUAUACGUACCGAUACAUGUUUAUUUAGGAGAAAGUAAAAAUAUUUGAAACCUUCUUCUUGCUAAUGUUAGGAAAGGGCUUACUUAGUCUUACUCUUUGAAGUGUCCACUAAUACCAGGGCCCCAUAACACAAAAGGUUUGCAAUCAGUUGCAAAAUGACAAUGGCCAAUCAAGAUCAUCCUUGCUUGCACAUAAUGUUCAAAAAGCUGACCGUUAACCGAUCAGAAUCAUUGUUCUAUAUUGGCAAUUGAUUCAAAGCCUCUGUGUUACAGUAUAUGGCUCAGAUGGGAAAAAAGGUACAUGUACAUCCACUGUGGUAAAAAAAAAUGCAAUUUGCAAUAAACUCUGAUGAGAAGUACAUAUACUUAUCUUUAAAGUGACCAUAACUUUUUUUAAAUUAAAUUCACUGAUUUCAAGAGCAACAGUUAUACUCACUCACAUGAUCCUUUGCAGGGCUCAGCACUAGCAGGUGCCGGAACACAAACACAAAAAUUGCGAUGUUAUCGCAUUAAAACUACAGGGGGUCGAAUCUAACGCCCAACCCUUUUAGGGUUAAAGAAA